AUGGAGGAUGAAGAAAAUGCUGCUCCCCCCAGUUUUGCAGGUGCCACUUCUGUUGGCACAUCUGGCCAAGCCAGACAAAAUAGUUUGGAUGAGUCUCCGGUGAAGAUGGUGGUGAAGGAUUUGCUGCCCAUUUGUGCUGUGGAGGAUGAAGGCUUCAGGGCCUUUGUCCAUGACCUGGACCCAAACUAUGUCCUCCCAACAAGGAAGGCUGUGGCUGCAAUGAUCACUGAGCUGUAUGACAGGACCAAGGAGAAAAUCAAGGAAGAUCUUAACAAGGCAGAUGCUGUUUGUCUUACCACUGAUAUGUGGUCUUCCAUUAACAUGGAUGGCUACCUUGGGGUGACGGGUCACUUUGUGACACCAGACUCAAAGCUGGCUACUGUUUUACUGGGAGUGAGCGGCUUUGAGCAGUCUCAUACAGCUCAACACAUAGCGGAGGCCCAAAGGCUCCUGAUGGCAAAUUGGGGGAUCACAGGAAAGGUGCACUGCAUGGUGACUGACAAUGCAGCUAACAUGAAGCUGAGUGUCCAGCUCCUCAACCUCCGGCAUCUGUCAGAGGAGAAGAGAGUGUCAGCAUCAAAAGUCAUUCCUCUAUAUCGGAUGCUGCAGCACAACCUGUUUGAAAAAUUGAGGCACUCAAAGCAGCCAGCAACUCAGCAAUUGGGCACAUUCUUGAAGGAUGGACUGCAGGCAAGGUGUGGUCAAUAUGAAAUUGUCCGACCACUGGCAACAUUACUGGAUCCACGAUUCAAAAACCUGGGUUUUGGCAACCCAGCAAAAGCACAGGAAGCAGAAAAGCAGCUGAUACUGGAGUGUGCCACUUUGAUCCAGCCUGCUGAAACAUCUGAUCCCCAAAUCGCACCUUCAUCAUCAUCCACAGCAGACAACAGUCUCUGGGACAUGUUUGACCAAAAAGUGAAGAACAAAACCACCACACGCAGCAUCACAGCAGACGCAACAAUUGAAGUUGGAAAAUAUCUUCAAGAGCCCUUCAUUCCCCGAUCUGCAGAUCCUCUUGCAUAUUGGAAGGAAAGGGCAGUGGUCUUUCCACAUCUGCAUAAACUUUCAAAUAAAUUCCUUUGCAUUCCUGCGACAAGUGUACCAUGUGAAAGAGUUUUUUCCAAAGCUGGAGAGGUGAUAACGAAGAAAAGAAAUCGGUUGCACCCCUCCACUGCAGAAAAAAUAAUCUUCUUAAAUAAAAACCUUGAAAUCUAA